CUAUAUUUAAGUUGGUGGUGGUGUGGUUCUCUAUAAAGAUACUACACCAUACUUUCUCCUCUCUGCCCAAAUACCUUCCUUUUUCUUCCUCUGAAACUGCUGCCGAAGAAGAAUGGGAAACUGUCAAGCCACUGAUGCAGCAACUCUGGUUCUUCAGCACCCGUGCGGGAAGAUAGAGAGAUUCUAUUGGCCUUUGAGUGCUCGUGAAGUUAUGAAGAUGAACCACGGUCACUAUGUGGCUCUGCUUAUAUCCACCACCUUUUAUCACUCGAAUCCUCGUAACAACGAUAAAGCUCCACGGUCACAACAAACGAAUGCAAGCCCUGUUCGCUUGACCAGGAUUAAGCUUCUUCGACCGACGGAUACUCUUCUUCUCGGUCAUGUUUACAGGCUCAUCACCACUCAAGAGGUUAUGAAAGGAUUGAAUGCGAAGAAUCAUGCAAAGACGAAGAAGAACCAAGAAUCUGCGGCCGAGAGAUCAUAUGAGAAGGCUGCUGGUCAGAGAUCUGAACCGGAUAAGGUGAGCAAACAUGAAAGACAGCGAUCGAGGUCGAACUCUGCGGCCAGAUCAAAGACUUGGCAGCCUUCAUUAUACAGCAUCACCGAGGCUACAACAACCUGAGGAUAUUUUUCAUGUUUUUUUUGCCACAUUAAAUUGCUGCAUAAGAGACAUAAAAGAACCCCCCAAGCUUCUUUUUUUUAACAUGUAAAAAACCAAUACACGCAGUUUCUCUCACUUUAGGAUCCAUAUGUAGUCUAGGGAAACCCAGAGAAAUUACCAGACCUUUCUUCAACCUGCAGAUCUUGUACAUCCAAAAGAAAAAGAAGAAAACCCGACAGAGUUUGUAACAUCCAGCACUGUUAUG